AUGGGUCGGAUAGCUAUGCCUUCGCCGACCCCGUCUGCCCACGAGGCUCUAUUCUUCACAGAUGGUCGUGACAGCCUGCCACACCUCACCACUACGCAUCCCCUAGAUGGUCUUCACCGUGGACGUCGGGCUUACGACACUCCUCCACUUGACGAAACCGGCGCCUAUGAUGACGAUGUUGAGCCCCCUGUCAAGCAGCAGCAGAACAACAGCCUCGCACCGCAGGAUGAUCAGAAGAAGCCCAGCAAAAAGGCCAUCAGGAGGGAGAGGAGGAAGAGACUUCAGUAUCCUGACCUGGUCGAGCCUCUGUCCCAGUGGGGCCGGAAGCACGGCAUCGAGCCCAAGGACGUGCACAGCUUCGCGACGCGCGACAUCCAGAAGCGCAUCAGCCAGGCCAUGAAGAGCGGCUACGUCAAGCGCAACCUCAACGUCUUUUUCCUCUACAAGAGGGCCUACUCUGACGUGGCCCAGGCCUGGAUGGAGAUCCACCACCCGGACCGCUCAAAGACCCAGCCUCCCAUCGUGUCGCUCGUGGGUGAGUCCUGGUCCAAGGAGUCGGCCGAGUUCAAGGAGUCGUACACCGUCUACUCGGACCUAGAGAAGAAGGGGCUCCGCAACGCCUUCCCGGACUACAAGUACAAACCGGGAGCCAAGAAGGUCAGCACGCCUGGCCGCUCCGUCAGCUCCGCCGUCCCCACCCCGCCCCCCGGCGACGGCAGCAGUGCCAGGCCCUCGUCCCGCUAUCAUACCCCGGCCCUUGACGAGGGCAGGUACUCUCGCUACCAGACCCCCACCCCCCAACCUCACUACGGGACCCCCCACCACGACGACGAGGGCAUCCGCGGCCUCCAGGUCUACUACGACACCGCUCACUACGCCGUCUCUACCGUCGCACCGUCCUCUACCUACGGCACCAGCCCCAUGCCCACCACGUACGACGGUGGCUCGCUGCUCGUCCCCACCGUCGAGGGGGGAAGCCUGUUCGUCUUGGGUUCGGCUGGCUCCUCUUCGUUUGCAGAGACCAUGCCGCGCUCCGUCUCGCCGUACUACCACGACACCCUGACCAGCCUGCCCGUCGACCCGAUCUUGACGAGCCACGGAGGUGAGUAUAUACCCUCUCCCUCCAGGUCGGUCGAGCCCCCCGGCGGCUACGUCGUCUCGUGGCAGGACGUUCAGCCCUCCAGCCAGGAGCUGUACGAGUCCGAGAUAUCCCUGGCGUGCCCCAAGGUUGAGCCCUCCAUCGCCUUCCCGGCCAUGACUGACUCCAUGUUGACGUCUGUGCCGACGGGCGACGAGAAGUUUGCCCCUCAUCACGGGCUGUCCACGGACGAGCAUAGCUGGCGUCUGGACGUACCGCCGCAGGAGGACCCACUGCAUCAGUUCACAUGGGCCAUGGAGGACUGGUCACAUGAAUUUUCAGCUUGA